UACAAUCCACCGGCUGGUUGUGAGUGAGAAGCCACCAAAACAUGAGCUAGGAGAGGCUUCUCAAGACGAUUCUGCCUUCUCAGAAAUCUUUAUUCUUUUUUUUGUUGAGCAGCUAGGUGUUUGCCAUUUUUAAAUUUCUUGUUUUGUUUAAAGGGAAACCAGUGAGUUGAAAAUGAGACUAAACAUCGCCAUCUUCUUUGGGGCUCUCUUUGGUGCUUUAGGGGUUUUACUCUUUUUGGUGGCAUUUGGAUCGGACUAUUGGCUUCUUGUGACCGAAGUGGGGAAGUGUUCAGGUGAACAGAAUAUAGAGAACGUGACUUUCCACCACGAGGGGUUCUUCUGGAGAUGCUGGUUCAAUGGGAUUGCGGAAGAAAACCAGCCGGAUCUCUGGAAGUUCUGGUACGGCAAUCAGCCGGCAUCCAAGACCUGCACACAUGCUUACCUGUCGCCAUACCCUUUCAUGAGAGGCGAGCACAAUGCCACCGCCUAUGACUCUGCCGUCGUUUACCGUGGUUUCUGGGCUGUCUUCAUGCUCCUGGGGGUAGUCGCUGUCGUGACCGCAAGUUUCCUGAUCAUCUGUGCAGCCCCUUUCGCCAGCCACAUUCUCUAUAAGGCCGGCGGGAGCUCAUAUAUUGCUGCAGGCAUCCUGUUUUCCCUGGUGGUGAUACUGUACGUCAUCUGGGUCCAGGCAGUGGCUGACAUGGAAAGCUACACAAACAUGAGAAUGAAAGACUGCUUGGAUUUCACGCCUUCUGUCCUGUAUGGCUGGUCAUUUUUCCUGGCCCCAGCAGGGGUGUUCUUUUCUUUGCUCUCUGGGUUACUAUUCCUAGUUGUUGGGCGACAUAUUCAGCUACACCACUAACCACACUGUUGCCACUGGCGUUUUCUUGAGAAGUUUGAAAACAGCAUAUUUUAUUGUUAUUUGCUCCAGUGAUCCUAGCAGGGAAUUAGUUGAUGUAACUUUUUAGUUGCUAUUUGAAUUAGCCAUUUCACUUGUGAUUUUCUCUAAUAAGAAGGUUCUGGAAUCUCUCCGGACCCCAACAUAUUUUCAUCUUUUAAGUGCGACCCAGAACCUGGUUCUUCAGGGAGCAGGUAACAAGGCCUCCUUCAUUGCACUUGCCAGAGUUCACGCAGGUUGCAAACAUUAAAGGCAGAACAGCAGCAGCAUAAUACCAUGCUCUGGGGCAAUCAAGAUUUGACUCGAAGCCUUCUUCUUGGCAUUCACUUCUGUUGCUACUUAAAAACAUCUUUGGAAAUUGAUUAAGAAUGAAAAACAAGUAUCAGAGAAUUUACUCCAUUUCUUCUCCACACAUGUACAUAUCCAUGUCUACGUUCACUGACUCCUUUGAGCAAGUUAUUCAUUAUUUAAAAAUAGAUAGCAGUUGUUCUUGUAGCAGGAGCCACACAAACGUAUCAGUUAUAAUAAUAAUUAUAUAAUUACAAUAAAAGGCCAUGCAAAACCGA